AUGCCGCCGCGCCGCCUGGGAUCUUCAGGCUAUCGCGGCGUCCGCGAGCGCCCCUCCGGCGCCUUCUACGCUGAGAUCUGGUCCAGCGAUGUCCGCCUCGGCCUCGACAGGUUCGAGACCGCGCACGAGGCCGCCCGCGUGUACGACUCGGCGGCGUGGUGCCUAGAGAGGCCUCGCGCGCAGAUGAACUUACACAACGUCUACACGCGCGAGCAGACGCAGGUCGUCGCCCCUCCGCCUCGUCUUAUAACAGACCAGGACCGUGAGGAACACUGUCGGCGGCAGCGCCGCCUCCUCAUCUCCAAGGAGGACGAGCGCGCCAUGGCGGAGUGGCGUCGGCGCCACCCGGAGGACGUCGCAAUGAGAACGCCUUCUAGACCUGGGAAGUCGUUCUUCUCGUCAGACGAUGAUCGUUGGGAUGACGUGUGA